CGUGAGCGUGCAGGAUGAGCCGGCGCGUGCGUCUGGAGCAGGAGGAUGAUGAUGGUGCUUCACCAAGCCCUGAAAGUGACCGGCAGGAGCGCGCUCCCGCUGCUCAGGUGUGCCGAGCGCUGGGCUGACGUCAUUCGCGCGCCCCCGACGCCGCAGGUGAAGACACUCGAGCAGAUGCCCGGUCCCUCGCCCGCGCGCUUCAUACGGGACCUGUUUAUGAGACGCGGGUUCUCGCGCCUCCACCAGCUGCAGCUGGAGGGCCGGCAGAAAUACGGCCCCAUGUGGAAGGCCAGUUUCGGGCCCAUCCUGACGGUGCAUGUGGCGGAGCCGGAGCUGAUCCAGCAGGUGCUGCGGCAGGAGGGGCAGCACCCCAUGCGCUCGGAGCUCUCGUCCUGGAAGGAUUACCGGGCGCUGCGGGGGGAAGGAUACGGGCUGCUGACCGCUGAGGGAGAGGAGUGGCAGUGUGUGCGCAGUCUGCUGUCGAAGCACAUGUUGCGUCCUCAAGCGGUGGAGGCGUAUGACGGCGCUCUAAACGCAGUGGUCAGCGAUCUGCUGCAGAAACUGAAGCUGCGAUCGCAGGACAACUCCAGCCGCAUCGUCUCCGACAUCUCGGCAGAGUUCUACCGCUUCGGCCUGGAAGGCAUCUCCUCAGUGCUGUUCGAGUCCCGCAUCGGCUGUCUGGAUGCUGUGGUUCCAGUGGAGACGGAGCGCUUCAUCCAGUCCAUCAACACCAUGUUCGUGAUGACUCUGCUGACCAUGGCCAUGCCUCAGUGGCUGCACCGCCUGCUGCCCAAACCCUGGGACACCUUCUGCCGCUGCUGGGACGUCAUGUUCCAGUUCGCUAAAGGACACAUUGACCAGCGUCUGCAGGAGGAGAAGCAGAAGCUGGAGUGCGGGGAGCAGCUGGAGGGACGGUACCUCACGUACUUUCUGUCUCAGGCCGGACUGCCGCUCACAUCUGUGUACAGUAACGUGACGGAGCUGCUGCUUGCCGGUGUUGAUACGAUCUCCAGCACGCUGUCCUGGUCUCUGUAUGAACUCUCCCGCCAUCCUGACGUGCAGACGGCACUGCGGGACGAGGUGUUGAACGUCAUGCAGGACCGAUCCAUCCCACAGGCCAGUGAUGUGGCCGCCAUGCCCCUCAUGAAGGCCGUCGUCAAGGAAAUCCUCAGGCUCUAUCCUGUAAUUCCAGCCAAUGCUAGAGUCAUCAACAAAGAUAUUGAAGUCGGAGGAUACAUCAUUCCUAAAAACACUCUGAUCACGCUCUGUCAUUACGCCACGUCUCGAGACCCUCAGCAAUUCAGAGAUCCGGACUCCUUCAGGCCGCAGCGCUGGGGGGACCGCUCUGACCGCAGUCACCCGUACGCCACCGUGCCCUUCGGUGUGGGCAAACGCAGCUGCAUCGGCCGCCGCAUCGCCGAGCUGGAGGUUUACCUGGCGCUGUCUAGGAUCCUAAUGCACUUUACUGUGGAGCCUGCCAGAGAGGACGAUACAGUCCAUCCCAUGACCAGAACUCUGCUGGUACCAGAGCGGCAGAUUGACCUCCGCUUCACUAUGCGCUGAUCUGGGGUCAGAGGUUAACGGGACAGGCAGAACUGACCAUCUCUGAUGUCCAGAUCCAGAGAGACUGGAAAACCCUGGACGUCCAGCACCGAGCCCUGAGGUACACCAUCGAGACGUGGAGCCAGACUGAUCAGAGAACAGCGGUGUGUGUGUGUGUGUAUGGAAACUGAAUCUGAUUCACCACCCAAACACAGCGGAAGAAAACACAGAUCCAGAGUUGGCCAAAAAUCAACACGUACUCAUUGGUAGUGUUGGGGAUAAUGAAAGUUUGGUUAUGAUAUUACUGUUCAAAGUAAAGAGUGAAGUAAUGCAUUACUAAUAAUAUCUGAGUUACUUUAUACAAAUGUCAUGUGAAAAGGGGGUUAUAAUCUCAGUGCACACUGAUUUUACUGCACUAAUAAGAGUAAAAGUAGCAGAAAACACACAUGAAUGUAGAGCUCUGGCUCAGAAGAUGACAUUAAUCUACAUUAUUAUUUACUAAUGCGGUUUGUUUAAAGGUAAAUAAAGGUGUAGGUUAUAAAAUAGUAACUAAGGAACACAACUAGUUACUUUUUAGGAGAGUAAGUCAACAUUGUAAUGCAUUACUUUCCCCAACACUGCUCAUUGAGAAGACAUGCGCAGGGCUUGUUUGUGUGCGAGCUGUGCAAUGCAUUGCUCCAGUGACGUUUCCUUGCAGCUUGUGUUCACAAAUCCACCAGAGGGCACUCUGGUGACUCUCAAAUACACUAAUGGACUAGGUUUUCUUAUAGGUGCCAUUAAUACAUCCUGGUGCGCAUAUUGUUGUGCAUAAUAUAUGACCUCACAAUCAAUAAUGUUUUCAAAUGCAUAGAGAAGAGAAAAGCACAUCAGUUUUGUAGUUUUACAAAUUCCUGCCAACAUCGGGGAGUUAAAUGAGGAAUAAUGAAUAAGCCAAGAUGGACAUGUUUAGAUAUUUUAAUUAUAACGUGUGUUUGUCUGUUUAAAGUGUUCACGUUCGCUCCUUUUUAAAUCGCGUCUACAGAAGCCGCUCAACAUGAGUGUGGAAUUGUCUUGAUGAAAAGGAAGGAAGUGCUGCUGUUCUUAUAUUAAUUUCAAAGUGCUUUCAACACUAAAUUAAACAAAGCAAAAUCCUCUUGAACAGCUUAGAAAGCAAAGGCGCCCCCUGGUGGUUUGGCAGAACUGUCAAACUGCCACCUUCUUAUAGAAUUAUGAAAAUAAAUGCAGAUAUUAGAGGACAGAAACGCUGCUGAUUUACCAAGAACUGCUCAUUUUGAGAAUCUUGGAUGCAGAAAUGCUUAGAAAUGAGCAGAAAAGCCAUAGAGAGGAGCCGGUCAAGGUCUUGGUAGAUAAGAGAGCAAAUAUUUGGUGCUAAUAUGAUUUUGGUCAUGCUUUAUUUUAGGGUACAGUUCUCAUUCUUAUCUACGACUUCUGCCUCAAACUUCUAAUUUGCUGCUAGUAAUAGUGGUAGUAUAGAUAUUGGGUAGAUCAUCCAAAAUAUGUGCUUUAUAAGUACUAAUAAACCAACAAUAUCAUGAUAAUAUGCAGGUAAUAAACCACUAGUUAACAGAGAGAGCUGGUACGCACUCUAAAGUCUUAUUUUAUAGUUUUUCUUAAACUGUAUUUGGUCUUAAAUGUUCAUUGGGAUCUCCAAUAUCAUACACAUGGCUGUUUUAUUAUCCACAUUUGCAUUUAUUAAUGUUGUAAAUGCUUUUAUUCAGAGUGACUAGGAUUAAGAAGCACUUCAGUAUAUACUGAUCCCAUGACUAAAUUACUGUAGUAUGUUUUAUAUUAUUAUUAUUUCAUAUAGUAUCGAGUCUUCAUAAUGGAACGUUUGUCAGAAAGUGUCUGGUGCAUAUGGAAAGGAACAAGUUUUUAUCCACAAAAAGCACAUUAAAUGCAAGUAAAGUGCAAUAUAAGCUUAAAUGUGUACUGUAUAUACUGAUACUGUAUGUUUGUCCAAAUGAAACUUAUUCUGAGCUGUACUUAAUAAAAUAUAUCACAGAA